GUUGAAAUGGAAUUAAACCGGACAAUGAACCCGACAAAUGAUGUUACAUCGCAUGUUCUGUCCUUUAAAUGCUUAUUUUGUGAAGCAUUCAUCUUUACUCUGCAAAGCUUUAUAAUUCAUCUGAAAAGUUCUCAUCCAAAUGAAGAUGUCUCGGAGAUGCUCAGUGAUCAUUUUCGUUCCUGUAUUGUAUCGGUGGAAAAGGAGAAAGUUGUUGUUGUUUCUUAUGCAUUCCCACGUCAGGAUGUUGAUUUUUACGUGAGCGUCGAUGAUGCUUCGCCUGAUUCGUCGUCAAAUUCAGUGCGUGUUGUUAAAUCGAAGCCUCAUUUGGAUUUUACAGUUGAGGUGGAAAAGGAGCCAGAUGACGAAGAAUCAAGUGUUAGGCAGCUUGUAGAACCGAGUGAUGUUUGUAUACAAAGAAAUUACAAUAAAGUUCAGGUGGCUACAAAAAGUUUAAGUCCGGAAAUCAGAAGCAACGAAUCCUCGUCUGACUGCAGUACAAACGCAUCAGAUGGAGAUGCGCAACAGCAGCAGCACGUGAAUGACCAUGGUGACUCAACAGCUAGCGCAGGGGCUGUUAUGCGUAGUCCAGAUCGACAGCAACCUACCAAAGGUUCAAUCCCGGUUUCAUCGGUUGGCUCAACAGGUUGCACACGGAGUACGACACCAGUGUUAUCUGCAGAGAUCAGUCGUCGACGACAGAUGUCCAGUUAUGAGAAGAUGAUGGCAUUAACAUGUCAAAGAUGUGGACAGAGCUUCAAAAAUCGCUGUAUGCUUACACGUCAUGCAAUAGAACAUAAGCGAGCUGGCAAUCCGUAUAGAUGUACCGUCAACGGUUGCUUGGAUUCGUAUGGCGAAAAACGAAAGUAA